UAUGCGAUCACUAAUAUGUAGAUUUCGUUUUGCAUAUAUUCUCAAUGAAAAGACUAGAUUCUUUGAGGUAGAUCUUAAAAAUAAAUUAUUUUUACUAAAUCAGACAUAAAAAGAAAAUCUAAGAGAUUCAUGCAAAGGACUUGAAUGUAAAGAUGAUUUUGUUAAAAAUUUGCAUCAAAAUAUUCUUUUAAAUGCUCCUAAAUUUAAGUCCUUCUUUGCUAUCAAAAGUAUAAUGUAUUACUAUUUGUAAAAUGGUUGUAAUAAUUAAGAGCUUUGGAAAGAAUUGGGGAAGAGAUUAAUAGUUCUAUUUAAUUAAAAUAAAGAUUUUGAUAAUCCUACUUGUCUUGCUUAAUUAGCAUAUAUCUUUGGGUAAUUAAGAAGAAAGCAUUACUUAUAAGAUAAGGACGAUAUUAUUUUAUAUCAAUAAUGCAGCAAUUUAUUAGUUGAAAGAAUUCCAAAUUUUUUAAAAGUAUAGUCUUCAUAAAAUAUUACUCAUAUAAUAGCAUUAAUUCAAUAAUAUGAAAUUUAACAUGAAUAUGUUAGUAAAAUAGUUGAAAUUUUAUUAAUUUAAUAAAGUUUUAUAAAUUUCAGUAUUAUUGAUAUUUAUCAUUUAUUAUGGAGUCUAGUAUCUGGUUCUAAUAAAUAUCUAAUAUAAUUUAGUAUAUAGUUAUUGGAAAAUGAAUAAAUAAUAUAAAGAAUUAAGUCAGAUUUUAAUACUUUGAAAGAAGAUUAAUAAGCUAAAUUAUUAAUUGCUUUAGGGUAAUUUCGAUUUAAUGAUAAAGAUUGUAUUGAUUAAAUUGUUAAAGAUUUAAAAAUAUUUAGUACAAAUUCAUUAUUGUCACUUUUAUCAAAAUAUUUGAAAAAUCCUAUGCAUCAAAUAUCAAAUUAAUAUCGAAUUGUAAUUGCUUUAAAAGAAUAAUUUGAUGAAUACUUUUAAAUGGAAGACAAAGAUUUAUUAAAUUCUAUUAUGGGUAUUAAAAUACUACUUUUCAUUCCAUCUUAAAUUAAUCAUGAAAUCAGAUAGUAAUUUUAAAAAUCAAUUAAAGUAUAUGAACAAUUUAUACUUAAUAAUAUUGAACAUUUUCCAAAUGAAUCAUUAGUUGAUAUACUCUAUAUGGCUAGCUUAUUUGAUUCUGAAAAAUUAAUUAUUGAAAAGGUUUAAAAUUAAAUUAAAAAUUUUAAUAUGAAUCUAUUAGAUAGUAUAACCUUCUUAUAUUGUAUUGAAAAAUACUCUAAUUUAUUUCAUUAAUAAAUUAAUGAUUGUAUAACAGCCAUUAUCAAUAUUCAUGCCCACGAAAUCUAAAAUCUAAACUAUACAAAACAUAUUUAAUUUGUUAUUGCUUUAUAAUUAUUAGAAGAUUAAUUUCCAAUGGUUAAAGUUCUAUAAGCUUAUGCAGAUGAAAAAAAAUUAUAAUAGAAAUUAAUUGAAACCAUAAAAAAAGAUUAAAUAGAGAAAUUUAUAUAGAAUUUUUAAUUUAAAAGAUAAUUCAAAUAUUUUUAAGGUUUUAUGGAAAAUAACUUUGAAUAUAAUUUAUUUAUAUUUGAAAAAUAAGGAAUAUUGAAAUAUAUCAAAGAAAGUCGUGUAGGAUGUUAUCUUGUUGAUUUUAGAAUUUGGGAUAUUAAUCUAGAGAAUGUAAAUAUUUCUGAAUUAAAAUAAAUGCAAAAAAAUAUUGAUUUAUAAACAGAAUUUCUAGAGGUUAAAUAAGAUAAAUAUGAUGAUGUUGCAAUAGAUAGAAAGAAUGAAAUAGAUAAUGCUUUUAUUGAAAUUGAUGGAUCUUGUCAUUAUGAUAUUAGACUUGAUGAAGUUACUUAAACAGUAUAUAAGAAGAAAAUAUUAAAAAAAUAUUAAAUUAAUCUAAAAUCAAUAGCUCUGAAUGAAAAUAGAGGAAUUAACAAUAGUUUAUAAACAAUUUUAGAUAUAAUUGGGAAAUGA